AUGGCUGCCUGGCAGUUGGCAUUCGCUGUCUUCUCUGUCGUUCUUCUGUCUGUCUGCGCUGAGACCAGGCACCGAGUUCAAGAGAUAGAGCAGCUUGCCCAAUCUCAGCAUGGCAACCCAUUGCUUCUGAAAGUUGACACAAACGACAAGCAGCUGCAGUAUAUUGCAAAUUUGGCCCUGGAACAAUUCAGCUCCGAGAAAGGCUCUCUGUUCAGGAUCAUGCAGUAUGUGGAUACCAAGGCACAGGUGCUUGAGGGAAUUCUCUACAUAAUGGAUGUCUUCAUUGGGAAGACAAGCUGUCCAGCUGUUAGAGCUGGAGUGAACGGAGAAGACUGCAAGAUCGUUCAAAGCACUGGAGCAUCCGAGUUCUUCAUGUGCCACUUUGUGCUUUGGUCCGUUCCUCCUUCUAAAGAGCAAACAACUCUGAAACAAAGCUGUGUGAAAAUGAAUAUCUAACGCUUACGGCCUGCAAGACCACCGCCGGGAAUGCAAGAAGAAGUCUGAG